AUGCAAAUGCCUAGUGCUUUAGUUCAAAGCGAAGGAAUGGAUACAUUCACGGGGAGAAAUUCUCCGUUGACGAAGCUUAUGACAGGGGAGUUUUGCACAACGUUAUACGACUACGAUGCAGUAGACGACGAUGAACUAACCUUCAAAGUGAGCGAUCGCAUUGAGAUUUUAUCUCGAGAUCCCGAAGUAAGCGGAGACGACGGAUGGUGGGUCGGUCGUGUUGAGGGGCAAUCACGAAUCGGCUUGUUUCCUUCCAACUACAUUACGACUGAUACGAAAAGGACCAGUUUGACCGAACCUCUCGAAAUCGAUUUCAACGAGCUCGACCUGGUAGAUGUGAUCGGCGUCGGUGCAUUUGGAAAAGUUUAUUGUGCUCGAUGGAGAGAGGAGGAAGUUGCUGUAAAAGUCGCUCGCACUGAGACCUACCAGGACUACAGCGAGAUUGUGGACGCCGUCACCAAAGAAGCCAAGUUAUUUUCCAUUUUUCGGCAUCGUAAUAUUGUUGGUUUAUACGGUGUUUGUUUGAAAGAACCGAACUUUUGUCUGGUUCUAGAAUAUGCCCGAGGUGGUGCUCUCUCUCGCGUUUUAAACACUCACGGUAGAACUAUUCCUCCGAAUGUUUUGCUAGACUGGGCCUUGCAGAUAGCUCGUGGUAUGUAUUACCUUCAUAAUGAAGCUCCGCUGAGUAUCAUUCACAGGGAUCUCAAGUCUGGAAACAGUGAGUAAUUACAUUUCGUGUUCCUUUUCCUAUUUGAAGCGAGAAAACGGAGGUGUUCCACGCAUUGACCCCUAAUUCUGCCGCCAACUUGUAAUACAUCACCAUUGUUUUCCUUCGUUUGAACAUUGUCAGUUGUUAUUGUGAAUUUUUCAUGCUCAUUACGUUUUAAUGAUGAAGACAGUGAGAAACUUUGGAAAAUUGUUUUGCACGAAGUUCAUGAUAUUAAGGAAAAUGUAGAAAAGCGGCCAAACGGUGUUUUAUUUUCUUUCCGCAGUCAGUAAUUCAUACCAUUGCCUUCUUGAGUGGCUUUUGUUGCGAAUAUUUCAGUUCUAAGCUUUUGUUUUUCACGUUCGAAACAAAAAUUUAAAACAAUACUGGACAUGAUUAGGUGAUAUUGUUUUUAGUUCCAGUGAGAUAUAUUUUCCCGCAGCAUAAAAAGGUAAUUUAUACGAGGGAACUGAGUGUGUGUUGGGCUUUCCCAGACAGGAAGUGAAAAAAUUUUUACCUUCUCAUCGGAGAUUAAGACGAAAAUCGUCUUGCUUGUUGAAGAAAUUUCAGUCAAGUCUCAAAAAGACCCUCAGUAUUUAAUUUGCACGCAAACUGGUUUUUAUAUUUCAUCUGUCUUCGAUUGUAAUAGAAUUUUACUAAUUUUGAGAUCGACAUGCCUUUAUCAGAUAGCCGCUUGUAGGAAAUCAUUUUAGUCUCGUCCCUAUCUUUGCAUCUAUGUAAAUUGAAGUACCACAACAUUUAAAUACAGUGCUGUCGUUUGUUACUCUUCAAAUAGCCUUUGAUUAAUCGUUCGAUUUGCGUGUUAAAAACUUCGUCACCGCAUAGUCGGAUGCCUUCUCAUUUUUUAUAGUGUAACCUCAUUUUUCUUGUGAAAGAGCCGUUACUGAAUUUCUACAAAAUGAAAAAGUUAUUUGUACAUAAAUGAAUCAAGACAAGAAUUUAUGACACAAAGAAUAACAUUCAUCAGUAUUGCAUUUAUAAGAAAUUGUUUGCAUCAAAAACGACAUUUACCUUUAUUCCAUUUUCCUGUUGUGUAUUCCACAUUCAUUUUGUUGCAAGGUUAUUCAACAAUAACAGUGAAUUUUAAAAUGACAUAGCAUUUUUGUGUGUGCUCUGGUUUAUGAAAAAAACAAUUAAAAUAAUUCUGAUUGUGCUACAUUUAUUUUGCACCUAUUAGUUGUACAGAAAUAACAUUCUUAUCAUCUGAGAUGAAACUCCUUUCUCCAUUUAACUAAGCAUCGUUAUCAGUGUCACCAUUUACUGUAAUUUUACUCAUGCGUAAACUUUGAGAUCAAAACCCAGUAAGGUUUCUUUUGAACCUAUAAUUCCAUCUAAUAACAUCAUAAAUAUUUCCGGUGAUUUGAUACAAAUAAAUCAGUUUUCAAUGGACAUCUUUUUCUAGUAAAUUUCAGUUUUGAAGAUGGUGAAGAAGUGAAAGCAUUGGCAAAUGAAACAAAAUCUAAUAUUUAUGCCAUGAAAACUUUUCAAGCUUUGUUAGGGUUGAAUUAGAUACCAUAUUACUGUUAUGUGGGUCCUACAUAGUGCAGAACCUGUCUUGUGUCAAUCAGACCUUGACCUUGCUUAAGUUUGUUAUGAAGAGUUCCAUUUUCUACCAGUUUUGCUCCUCAGAAUGAGUUUCUCAAGGUUUGCCAGAAAUAAAAUUACACUUUGGUUGUGUAUUAUUAGAUUACAGAUUUGAUAGUAUGAAUGUGCUUGCUGUAUGCUGACGUUGUUUAGUGUUUGUUUAAAAAAAUUGGCAGUUAACAAAGUUUGGUUAAAUACAAUUGAACUUACCUUAAACAUAUAACUCCCACUCAUUUUAUUUGUUAAAUUUUUUAUUCUUUUUUUUCCAGUUUUACUCUUAAAUAAAAUUGAGGAUGGAAAUUUUGAGAAUGUACUGAAAAUAACUGACUUUGGGUUGGCUCGAGAGAUAAUGAACACAACACGAAUGAGUGCUGCAGGAACAUAUGCAUGGAUGGCUCCAGAGGUGAUUAGAACCAACACUUUCUCGAAAGCAAGUGAUGUUUGGAGGUGGGUUUAAAUUCUACUGAGUAGUAUUUAAUAGUGAUUUUCAAAUUGAACAAACACAUGUGGAAAUGUUCCUUGCAAAAUUUUAAACAAAUUUUUCAGGGUUUCAAUAUUUAUCUCACAGUGAAAGGUAAAGUCUCUCUGUUUGACUCAAUCUUCCAUUUAAAAUUUUUUACUGAUAACUGUACACUGAGCUUGUGGAUUGUGCUGUAGGAACAGAUCUCCAAUCUCAAUAUUGAGUGAAAUUGUCAAUAAGAAUCAGAAAAAUAAGUUCUCUUGCCAGGGAAUGAAAAGGCAACUGGCAAUUCCUUACUAGGUUCAUGCAACACUACAAGGCUCAGUACUCAGGCAAUUAAGGAGAAGUAGGCAAAUUUUUUAAAAAAUAAAACAAUAGAGCAUGAAUAAUAUUUCAUGUAAUUUUUAUUUUACUCUUUAAUCACUAAGAGUGACAAGGUUCUAAUUUCUCCUUACAAUAUCAUCCCUGAAUAAAAGGUUUAAGUCACGAGAAUAAAGGAAAUGAUCACCAACUAAAGAAGCUCUUGAUUGUUAAACAAAUUCUCCUCGCCAGUACCUCAGGAAAUGUAUAGAGAGCAGUAUGGAGAAUAUGCAUAUUGAUGUCAGGGUGUAAAGGACAGAAUUUCUCCUCAGAAUAUCAAUACAAUAUCAAGCAGAAAAGUGAUGAGAAUAAAGAAAAAUAUCAGUUAUGAGAUUACUAAUUGAUUCAAUUCCAAAUUAUCCAAAGUAACUUAAUGAGAAUCAUUUGAGAAUUACUAAUGAGAUCUAGGGAGUUAAAGGGUUAAGGUUAACUCUGUUUUUAGCUCUUAGAAAAAAGGGGCAUUUCUGGUGACUAAUUUAGGAAUUAAGCAGCAAAUUUUAUUGACAAAAUGGUUGUAAUUUGGAAUUGUGAAGCAGGGAAAUUUUGGUGAUGACCAUAUUUAAGAUACAUGUACCUUAUUGUUGCAGUUUGUUCUUCCCCCCCCCUCCCCUCCCCUGACUGUCUCAUUAAGGUGUAUGGAACUAAUUUAUAUCCUUUAAUGGUUCAGUUUUGGUGUAGUUUUGUGGGAGCUUCUGACAGGACAAGUUCCCUACAGAGACGUGGAAGCACUUGCUGUUGCUUAUGGUGUUGCAAUGAACAGUUUAACUUUACCAAUACCCAGCACUUGUCCUGAUGUUUUGAAAGAAUUAAUGAAAGGUUAGACUGGUAUACAUGUACAUAAUAGUUACUGUUUUCAGCCAACUCCCUAGAACAUACACCUUUACAUGAAUGACCAGCCCAAGGGAUCUGUCUGAGAGAGGCAUUUGCCAUCAAAUGGCAGGAGUGGACUACAAGUAUCCAUGGUUAGGUGUCAUUUGAGAGAAAACUGACUGUAAUGCAGAAUUAUGAUUGAGGGUUUUCAGCAACUUGUGCCAGAAAAAUGCAAGAGACAUACAUGUUACAUGUAAUGGCUGAGUGGUUAGUGCAUUGGGUGGGUUAAUUUUUUUGGUGUACUUGGCCAAGAUAGGUUGCCCUCUUAGCACCUCUCUCCAACUAGGAUGGAUCAUAUUACUGGAAAAUUUCAACCUGGAAUGGACUUCUAUCCCAUCCAGGAGGAGUAGCUUCUUCAAAGUCACUUGUUCCUUUGGAAAUUUGCUGCUUUACUGGCUAUCUUAGCCCUUUAAUUCCUUGGAGUGACUAAGACAGAAUUUAACUUUACAAUAUCAAAACAGUAUCAAGCAAACAAGUGAUAGGAAUAAAGAAAAAUAUCAAUAAGGGAAUUCUUAAUUGAUCCAAUACCAAAUUUGCAAAACUAUAGCAUUGUAAGAAUUGUAUGGUAGAUAGUAAAGAGAAUUAGUAGUCAGAUCUUGAGUUUGAAAAGGUUAGUUUGUCUUUUGUAAUCUUUUUCUUACCCUUACUGGAAAAUUCAUAUAGAGAACUAAGGAAUCAAGGCUAAAUGUAAUUUUCUUUUGUUUAGAAUGCUGGAAUCAAGAUCCCCAUAAACGACCUUCAUUUCAGGGAAUUCUAGAAGAUCUGGAAGAAAUUUCAGAUUCUUCCUUUGUGCAAGAUGAUCCUGACUCAUUCCGCACACUACAGGAUGGCUGGCAGACAGAGAUUGAUCAGAUAUUUGAUGAAUUAAGGAAGAAAGAAAAGGUAUGAUGGUGUGCCUUAUGUUGAUAUCCAUAUAUAAUGAAAAUCAGCCUUAAUUCUGUGGUGCAGUUUAACGCUGCAAAGUCAGUUAUUCAAAAGUAUAACUUUCUUCUUACAGGAACUUUCCUCCAGAGAGGAUGAACUGCGGCAAAUACAGAUGGCACAAGAGGUACAUGCUGAGAGUUUGAAAAAGAGAGAAGAAGAACUUGCGCAAAGAGAGAUGAUGCUUCUUGGAAAAGAGAUUAACAUGCUAAUACAGGUGAGUGAAUGAUCUAACCUUAAUAAAGCAAUUCUUCUGUCACCUCUCAUUAACAUUAAAACACAUGGUUAUUUGUAAAAUGACUCACUACUUACUGGUACUUGCUUUAAGUUUGUGUCAUCCAGUAUGUAGUCAUCAAUUUAGCAAUGAUAAACUUAUUUCUUUUUGUUGUGAUUAAUAUACAGCAACAGAAGCAACUCAAACCAUCUCCAAAGAAGAGGAAAGGUCACUUCUUUAAACUGAGGUUUGGAAGUGGAAGAAAAAUUAGUGCACCAACAGGUUUGAAAAUGUUUUACCUUUUUUUUUAAUUUUGUUUGCACCAAUUGAAUACUUACAGCUCACUACCUGAACAGUGUCUAUAGAGUCACAAUAUCUAGUGCAAGAAAGUCACUUGCUUUCCAUGGAAAUUAAGUAUAAGAAGCACUUGUAACCAGGAAUAAUUCUAUUUUUCAACAUGGUACGUGUGUGCGGUUUAUUGGCAAGACUUUCUUGUUGCCAUUUUCAACGUUACAUGUAGUUCUGAACAAAAGUAGUUUUGGGUUCCUGAUUUGAAAACAAUCCCCGAAAAGAAAGAGCUAAGAAUUGUGUUUCUUUUCCUUUUAAGGGUUCCAGCAUAGGUUUACCAUCACGUCUGAUAUCUUUGACUCAAACCCAGCAUUAACAGAAGGCAUCAACACCACAGGGCCACCAUCCCCUGCAGUACAUCAGAGAUUCAGACUGCUGUCCUGUAAGACAACUUUGUUUUCGAGUUGUUUACUCUUUUUUGUUUCGCUUUGUGUUUGUUGGCAUUUUGUUAUUUUUUCAUUGUAUUUAAUGAAAAACUCGGUGGUUACAAGUAGUGUAUAGCUACAUGAACAAUGUAUUGCACACAACUUAAAUGUUAUUAUUCGUUAUUGUUCAGUUGAUGAUCCUGGCGAGGUCCCCGUCAGUCCCCCGGACAAAAACAAAAAGAUCCGCACGUGGGGACCCAGCUCAGUACAUCAGCGAGACCGAGACAAGAGUAGGCGUGUAAAAGCCAGGGAUAGCUUUAUGACAGAAAGGUGUAACUCAGUUCCUAACUUAGGAUCAGUGAUAAACCAAAAUAUUGGUAAGGAAGUUCAACUAUGUUGCGUACGAUACCACUAUUUUUGCCUUGUGAAUAACAACUUCCCUUGAUUUUGCCACGUUUCGUUUUCUAUCUGAUGACGAAAAUCGACAAUUUUGUUUUGAAUUUUCCAAAAAAUUCUGUUUUUUUUUCAUACAACGUGUCGUGUUCGUUCCAAGAGUCCUUUUCUCACUUGAGAUGGAAUUCACCUUUGAAAUCGCUCACUUUUUUCCAAUUUUAAGAUAUUUUCGAGAAAAAAUUUAGUUCGCACGUUAUUUUCUUUAAGGCUGAAAUUGAGGCAGUAUAUGCUCAGUUCUUUGGCGCUUGCGCAAACAUUGUUCUAAUUCUUUCUCUUGCUUUAUUUCACGUUGUUGCGUAUUGAAAUUGAAAUACAGAUUGCGUGACGAUUCAGUUAUCGUUACGCUUAAAAGAACUUUUGACACAUACAUGAUGAGCAUACACGAUUUUCUUUUGAUUUGACAUAAAGAGAUGCCAAAGCUAGUGACUUAAACGAUCUUGUCGUAAGUUCUCCAACUUAACUAUGUUUUCUUUCUUUUUAUGAGACAGGUGUCAACGGUAAGUACGUAACAGCAGAUAACAGCCCUAUGUCCACUCUCAAAUCUUCACAGAAAACCAAAUCUAAGCAUCGUUGCGAGGUAGCUGUUUGCUGUGUUGGUAUAAUGGCGUCCGCAGUAGCUUUAGGAACUGAUUUAAGACAGGGUGCGAAAGAUCUUCGUCCCGAAUUGCUAAGAUUAAAUUCGAAAUCGGACAAGCACAAGUCACCGAAUUCCCGGCGACGGCACGAAGUCGGAAAUUCCAAUCGUCGAUCGUGGUUUGGUUCAACCUCGACCGAAGACACCUCGGUUAAUUCAAACUCGAGCACGCCCGUUUCUAGUCCACAGAAUGUGGAAUUCACUGCACCAGUCGACAUGAUGCGAGGUCAAAACAAAAGGCCUCUGUCCACUCCUGUUCUACUAAAGGCGACUUUUUUUAGCGAUAGUCAACCUCCCUUAACUUACACAGAGCCGAACUCUCUCCGAGGUCGGUCUUCUUCAACUUCGUUCUCAGUCACGGUGUGUCCCGAACAGGGCGACAAAGAACUUAUCGACUUAGCGACGGAAAGACGAGACCGAAGGUCCAAGUCGAUGGAUUCGAGUGAACUCAACAGAAUUAACAUUUCGAAUGAUAGUAUUUCCAGUUUUGCGGAUGACUCUUCGACCAAUACAGUGGUGAACUGCAAACGAUAUUCACAGGAGCUGCAAGACAUUUUUAAAAUUCCUCCCCCUCCCUUCUCUCCCAGGGGAGCAAGUUCACCUCGCCUGGAUUGCAACUCCACGGACUUUACCCCCAACGCGAAGUUUUGUUUCCCAACUGGGGAGGCUGUGGGCGCCGCUAGGCCUCGCCCCAGGCCGUGGCAGGACAGUCUAAGUCCAUCACCUUCGUCUUCGGAUCAAAGUCCGACGAGCGAACAAGACAAGUUGACGCUAUUGGACAUGCAUAUGGAGGGGGAGUCACAUGACACGACCCAGCCCCUACUGAAGUCGGAAACGGUGAUCAGGGUGCCAACUUCUGAAGAACUCUUUAAGGAGUUUGGCCAGAGAUAAUGUGUAAAACGUAGUUUUAUUGUAGGUAACAGAAACUCCCUCUAAUGUUGCAUUACGUCCUCCUUAAUAGUGAUGUGCUCGGCAUGUCCACGUAAAUCAGAUUUUCGCGUUUUACUCCGUAGAACUUUAUCAUCUUCCCCCACCCUAAAAAAAUUUCACGCUAUGAAAUUUCCACCGAAAAUAGGACUUGGUUGUUGCAUGCUUCAGGUACAAAACUAUGAAUAUCUAUUGAGUAAAAUGUUACUUUUUUUUGAGCUUCGAAAAUGAAGAAGACGAGAAAAGUAAAAUAUUCGAGAGCAAAAUAGAAAAACAAUUUAUUUUGUUCUGAUUGGAAAUUUGGCUGUUCAAACAUAUUUUAUCUUUUUAAACCGUCCCUGUACUGUGUAAAAAUAUGCGAACAGUGAACAAAUUUCGAGAGAUUGCUUGGAGUUAGAAAUUCUUUUUCGUUUUCGAGGUUUUCCAUGAUAUUUACCUCGGCGGGACUACAAAGCUCGCCUACUUUUUCAGGAUAGAGCUGUACUUGUGAAUAUUUUUCCGUAUUGGCGAUACCUGUGAUUUUUGUUUUAGAUUUUUCCAUCUCUUUUUUGGGAAUUGUGUUAAUAUGGUUCAAAUAAAUAGAUCGCUGGCGAAUAUGAGUAAAACGCUCUACGUUCAUUAGACCUUUUUUUUUUCUUUCUGAUCAAAGGGGCGUUCGUUGUUAAAACGAUAAGGUCACCGUUUUCGAGGAAAAAUUUUUUUUCACGUCAAUAGAAAAGAAAAGAUUGGCACUAUUAUUUUUAUUUUUUUUUAUAGAAACUUGAUACAACGCGAGGGGUACGAAAUGAAGAGAUGUUUCUUAGUUCUACAAGGUUAAGUCCGAGGGUAUGUCUUGGCUUUUUCAUCAAGUCCAUCAGGCUGGAGUUCUUAUCAGACACUCCUGUAAAGUGAUAUUUUCGCUAUUUUUUAGCGACAACAAAAUAUUUCUAAUUUGGCGUUAAACUUACGCCUAAGACCAUCAGCAUAUGGGGAUACAAGAACUUCAUUCUCCACUAACUUACCCUUGGAAUCAACUUUAGGAAGCUAUCUAACCAAUUUCCAUAGAAUGGACACAAAAAAUUGCCUUUUGAAUCAGAGAAAACCGUCUAAUAGGAACAUUUUUGGACGGAAAAAUAAAAGAAAAGCAAGAAUAUUUGAUUUUUGUAUAAAUUUACUGGCGCUCUGUUACAAAUGCUGAAAGAUCAUUGGCUAUGCUUCUCACUAUCUAUUCCGUGAUGUACAGUGCGUAAAAUGACAAGCCAAACAGUAUGCAGUGAUGAACAUGAAAGUGGAUGAAAAACAUGAACCUGUCUUCUUGUCAAGUUUGAACGUCCAGUAGAUUUGUACUAAAACAAUUCGAUUAUUCGCCCUCGAUUUAUGUACGUGAUAAUUGUUAGGGGGCGUCAUUUCAUCCUUGAAAUCUAUUAUUACUAACUACGGCACAACAUUCAUUGUUGAUAGUAUCAUUGCUACUGGGUCCUUUUGAUACUUGCUUAGAGAUCUCUAUUCUAUAAGAUUUGUAACGCUUUACGGAUUUGAACUCUAGUGGCGAGCCUUUUUUUACAGAUCUUAUUUUAUAUGCGUAAGAAAAUGUCGUCGUUGAAUUCCCUUUCCGCACAAAUUGUUUUGCAACUCGCAAAUCAUCAAAUUCGCACUUCUCCAGAUGUGAGAUUGUCAUGAAUCAAUCGAAUUUUAUUGUACAAAAGUCGCCAAGUCUCUGAAGUAAAAUGUAUUCCAAAUCAUGUUCAAGCCCUUUACCCUCUGUGGUAAAGUUGUCCAUUCCGUCUCGAUAAACAGAACGACUAAUCAUUUAUUAAAGAAAUAGAGAAGACUUCAGGUUUCCGUCAACUUUUUUAAAGGG